CAUUUCGCUUCCGUUGUAAAAUAAACAACAGUAAUAAAUUGUAUUGAAAAUAAUUCUCCAGAGAAGUAAAGUUUUAUCGGUUAAAUUUUUUAUCGACGCGAAAAUGAAAACCACAUUCCGCCGACAUGUGACUGCGUAAAUAUUAAAAUGAAGCGAAUUUUAUGUGCCACGAUAUUUUUAUUUAAUUUUAGUAUUUUCCAGUCUUUACAUGCUACGAAAUAUAAAAACAGGGCCCAUGAAAUGCGUGACCAGCUAUUUGAUGCGUUGGAAGAUGGUAUCCGGCCUAGGCGACAGUUGUUUAAAUCUCCCACCGGUAAAUCGAAUUGGCGACGCGCCGAUAAACACUCUAGCAGUAUAGAGAAGAUGAAAUACCAGGACGAAUUCAGAGAACUUCACGAGCAGAAGAAGAAAGAGGCAUUUCAAGCCGGGUCUGUGGAAACGGAUGAGGUCAACAUGGUGGCUGCCAGGCCAGCAGGAGUGCCGUGCGGCGACCCCGACCAGCACGACAUGCCGUGGGGGAACUGCAUGCGGCCGGAGAAAUGCCCGCCAGAGUACCGCAUCUACCGCGGCGACUACGCCUGCGGCUACACCACCUACGUCUGCUGCGCGCUGCAGCUCACUGGCGACGACACCAUCGUGCCUCUCGACGCCUCCUUCGGCUCCGACUUCGAGGAAGACGAGAAGAAAAAGGUCGCGAAGAAGAAGAAGCACUCCAGCAGCAAGAAGUCCCGCAAGCUCCAGGACCGAAGACGCCGCGAGGAGGAGAGGAAGAAAAGGAAGAAAAGGAUGGAGAGAAUAAUAAAGCGCAUCACCCGAAGGAUAAAGAAAGCUUUCAAGGGCGACUCGAAGGUGAGAAAGAGGAAGACUCGCGAGUUCAAGAAGUUCCUUAAAAGAUUAAAACGCAAGUACGAUGAGAGCAGGUUGCUAGUCAGGGACAGGCACAGGGAGGUGCUCAAUAAAACGGACAGAGAGCGCGAGGAGCGCUUGAAGGAAAUCUACAAGAAGAAUAAAGAGUUUAUCCGGGAUGUGACGAAUUGGAGACCCGAGGUUAGGGUGUCUGCGGAGGCGUCCGAAGACGUCACCGAAACGCCGGACGACAGGGAGGUGAAUGCUGAAGACGACAAGGAGGUGAAUGCUGAAGACGACAGGGAGGUGAAUGCUGAAGAUGAUAGAGAGGUUCGUGCUGAGGGCAAUGAUGAAGUCAAUACAGAGCCGUCCCGCAGGAGGACACUUCCUAGACACGAUGCCCAUGGAUACUUAAAUCGCGAUGUUGGUGGCAUACUGUUUCUUUAAAUAAGCGCAUAAUAUGAAUGGAAGUAUUAU